GUCUCAGUUGUUUCCUGAGCUUGUGACCUCAAUCGUCCUCGCUACCCAUUUCUCCUCUGGCUUGCGAGUGAUUGUCGGGUUUUCGCAUUUUGGGUCGUAGCCCAGAUCAUUGAUAGAUAUCUCUCUUACCUGGUCAUUCUCUCUUGCCUCCGGCUUAAGGUGCAAGGUUGGAGCUUUUUGGAGUUGGGUUUGGCUUGCCGUUGCUCGGUGUAGCGAUGGCAGCCUCUCUGGUGUCUAGGAAGAGCGUGUGCGCGGGUGUGGCGUCACCGUUCGUCGUCACCAAGGGGGUUGCGAGCUCGAGGACGUGCAAUGCAGUGUUGUUGCGGCCAGCGUCGUUCAUUAAGUUGGCGCAGGUGAGAGGACUUGGGUUGCUGGGUGGGUUGGAUCCCCUGUCGAACGUGGAGACGAAGAAGAGGAGCUCGGUGGUGCUGAAUGUGGCGACGCCUUUGACGUUGGUGCCUGAGCCUGAAACGCCCGAAAUCGCAGAGGAGAGCGGAGAAUUUGACCCCGCCAGGAAGCCCCCAUUCACAUUGAGCGACAUUAGGGCCGCGAUUCCGAAGCACUGUUGGGAGAAGAACACAUGGAAGUCCCUGAGCUAUGUGAUGCGUGAUGUGGCGAUUGUGUUCGGGUUGGCGGCCGGAGCCGCAGCUGUGAACAGCUGGUUUGUGUGGCCGUUGUAUUGGCUAGCGCAGGGGACUAUGUUUUGGGCCCUAUUCGUCCUGGGUCAUGACUGUGGUCACGGCAGCUUCUCCAACAACAAGACACUCAACAGCCUCAUUGGACACUUGACUCACUCGUCCAUACUCGUUCCUUACCACGGAUGGCGAAUCAGUCACAGGACCCACCACCAAAACCAUGGCCAUGUGGAGAACGACGAGUCAUGGCACCCUUUGACCAAAAGCCAAUUUGAUAAAAUGGACCUCUUGGCAAAGGUUGGACGAUUGAAGUUCCCGUGGGCAAUGUUCGCCUAUCCAUUCUACUUGUGGGCGAGGAGUCCUGGAAAGACUGGAUCUCACUACGACCCUAAGAGUGACCUAUUCGUUCCUAGCGAGGCGAAGGACGUGAUCACCUCAACAACAUGCUGGGCAGCAAUGCUUGCAGGCCUUGUGGCUCUGAGCUUCGCGGUGGGACCGAUGUGGAUACUCAAGCUGUAUGUGGUGCCGUACUGGGUAAAUGUGGUGUGGCUAGACGCUGUAACGUACCUGCACCAUCAUGGUUACGAAAAGAAGGUUCCGUGGUACCGUGGCGAGGAGUGGAAUUACAUGCGUGGUGGGCUGUCCACAAUUGAUAGGGAUUACGGGAUCUUUAACAACAUUCAUCACGACAUUGGUACCCAUGUUGUGCACCACUUGUUUCCCCAGAUUCCUCAUUACCACCUGAUUGAGGCGACGGAAGCUGUCAAGCCUUUGCUGGGGGAGUACUAUAGGAAUCCGAUGAAGUCGGGGCCCAUUCCGUUGCAUCUGCUGGAUCCACUUCUCCAAAGUUUUAAAGAGGAUCACUUCGUGGCUGACACGGGCAACAUCGUUUACUACGAGACAGAUCCCAACUUCUAAAUGCCGCGGAUUUUAAUCCCUUUAACAGUCAGUCUGGGUUCCUCCGGCACUUCCGCGGCCUGCUGGAACAAACCACGUCACUGGCGAAGCUACUUCGACAUGAAUCCCAAAGCUAUGGCUUAAUCAACGUUCGAGGUGAAACAUGAGUUGUCUGAAGGUAAUCGAUAGGCUCUCAUGACUUAUUUGGUAGAAGUCUACUGUAGUUUGUCAGCACAGCCCUGGAAGCUGAGGCAAGAGUGUAUGGUCAAAUUCUGGAGACUGCUCCUUCAAAUGUGUGGACUUGACAAACUUCCAGUCUUGUUUCUUGUCCUCAUAGGUGAUACAUUGACAUUGCCGUGUAACACUACCCAUUCAAUACUACAGUGAUACAAUUCCUGUUUAACUUC